AUGAGUGACCUGUUAUCCUUCGGGGCAUUAGAUGGGGUGUUGAAGCGGACGGAGCAUUUGGGGAAGAUGGGGGAGAGCUUGAAUGUGUGUGUGUACAAGCACACGUUAUUACAGAGCAAGGAUCGUGUGGCUUGUCAAAUCUUCGAUGGCGGUACGGCGUAUGACCAUCCUCAGGAUAAGUUUGCGCAUGGUAUGAGGCUCGUGAUCCGGAAUAGCGCAAUGGACUUAGGUAGUAUAAGAGACGGAAUGAUUCUGCGUCUGGGGGAAACUACAAUUGUGCACACACUGCGAUCCGGUGAACGCAUCCUCGACUGCUAUGAAUGCAAACCCGUCGGCUUCUGGUCCGAUGUCCAUCAAACCUACCAGAACGUCCUUAACCAUCCAUUGGCCCAGGCCAACCCUCCCACCGAACCCGUCUACGCUCCCACUGCAAGAGUUAGCCAGUCCCGGCCCUCACUCACCACCUCACUCACCACUUCGGCCACCACCUCGGCCACCACCUCGGCUACCACCUCGGCCACCACCUCGGCUACCACCUCGGCCACCACCUCGGCCUACGGACCGGAACGGGGCCGGUCAAACUCCGUAACGACACGAGCUG